GGCUCGUUACGGUCAACCUCGGGUCUUCCAAUGAUCGACGCUUCCACUCCGCUAGAACCUACGGGAAAUCCUGAAUAUCCCUUCGCUGCGACGCUCGAUGUGAUCGCAACGUUCCUGAAGGACAAACCGCACCUCCUCAAGCCCCGUGUUGGUAUCGUGUGCGGUUCUGGACUGAGUACUCUAGCAAAUAGCCUUAGAGAUGUCGUGAAAGUGCCGUACUCAGCGCUUCAAGGAUUCGGAAAGAGUACAGUGCCUGGUCAUAAGAGUACGCUCGCGUUCGGGUUGAUGGGAGAUGGUGAAGAUGUCCCUGUCGUUGCGAUGCUUGGACGAUUCCAUCCAUACGAGGGACAUAAGCUCUCGACUGUCACUUAUCCGAUCCGCGUUCUGGCACGUCUUGGUGUUCAAAACAUGAUAAUCACCAAUGCUGCUGGUGCUAUCAAUCCACACCUCGCUGUCGGCACCAUUGUCGUCGUUCAGGACCACUUGGCGCUACCCAACAUGGUCGGCAUGAAUCCGCUGUUGGGCCCGCCCGUUUCCCCGAAUUACCCUCGGUUCCUGCCUCUUUCCAAUGCGUACUCAACAUCCUUGCGACGGCUCGCGUUCUUGGCUGCACAUAAACUCAACUUGCCGGACUCCGCGUUAGCCGAAGGCGUCUAUGCUUGGGUCAGUGGCCCGACGUAUGAGACAGCUGCUGAGGGCAGGUUCUUGCGAACCGCCGGUGCAGAUGUCGUCGGCAUGAGCACUGUUCCAGAGGUCUUGGCCGCCCAUGAAGAAGGGAUGCAAGUGAUGGUCCUCAGUCUGGUCACCAAUGCCGUCGUGAUCGUCGAUAGCUAUCGUAGUAUUAGGGAAGAAGUGAAAGCCGAGCUUGCCGGGAAACCGAUAGAACUACCCCCGACGUCUGUCGUCUCGCACGAAGAAGUGCUCAGUGUUGGUCAAGCAAAGGCCGAAGUCAUGCGUCAGCUGGUGGAACACAUUGUACAGAACGUGCCUCAAGACAAUGCUUGAUAGCUCUGUCGUGCGCUAUAACGCCGUCUUGCGAAAUCCUGUCUUACACAGUCAGUCUUUCGGAGACACGCGUUGCAUGGACAACAUAUAUUUGGUGUGCGAAAGAUCGCGAGUAUAUUGAAGAGUACAGCUUCCAAUAGUGGGGAUAUGAGUACAAGAACGCCACAUGGGCUCGUCAGACUAUACUAUACUAUACGAACGAUGGUGACCCUGAAUGAUGAGGGAUGAAGAUUCUAUGUAAGACGUGGCGGAUGCAAAUGAGCGCAAGCUUUAUACAGCGAACGUCGGGCCGUAAGGAGGUCCCGAACCGAAAGCGGAGAAUGUAGCAAGGGAAACUAGAGAAAAGAGCGAGAAUGCUACAUAAGCGGGAUAGACCACGGAGGUGGCAUGUCCAAGAUUAAGGCGCAGCGGAUUGGAUGCAGGGAAAGAAUACGAGUGCCAAUUAGAUUAUGGGGACGCGACCUGAAGAACCGACUUGAGAUGACGUGGAAUUCCGGGAUGACUUUGUGACAGCAUUAUAUGGUGGUGGAAACUGAAAGGGGACCAAUAUGGGCAGAUGGCAAUCAGGCCAGAAAAUAGAAAGAGAGGAUUGUGUUUGGGCAGGAGAGGCAGCGGCAUUGGCCGCUGAGCGAAUGAAACGAAAAGAACGCAAAUCCAGUUGACUUCGAAAUAGAUGAAAAGAAGCGUCAAGCAUGCUGGUAGCUCAGGCCAGGAGGAGCUGCAAUGCCAGGGAGCCAUUCGUCGUGGUCAUAGCGAGGGUGAGACCGAACCGCACGCGGUACAUCUAUUCCUAGCGUGAACUCGACGUCUUCGGGCGCGGCGAUCAUGGGGUUCUGCAUCCCACGACUAGGUAAAGGCUGACAUAGGAGAGGAAGCGUGACUUCCGAUCGAGAGCGCGGUACCAUGCGAGGUCGAGGUGCGGGUGACAGAGCGGUGACGAAAGGCGGCUCAGGCGGAGCGUAGGCGGGGGGAGGUGCCAAAGGUUGACUUCUGGGCAACUCAUGCGGAAGAUAACCAGCUUCUAGAUCCAGCUCCUGCGCAUCAACCUCGACGGGAAGCUCAUCAUCGUCAGCUUCGUCUUCCUCGCUGACAGGGAACAGGGAGCUGAUAUCGUGAGGGGCACUCGUAACCCGAAGGCCGCGAGUGCGGCUGGGCGAUGGCGAACGGCACAAGGAGAGCUCGCGCGCAUCCGUAUCGGAAGAUGACACUGGCAAGCACCAUCCGAGAGGGCUGCGCUUGAUAGGCACUCCCAGUCCGCAAUCCUGUACGAGGGCCCCACGAAGCGCACGGGUCUUCGUAUCAUCGUUGUCGCAAAGAAGCAAGCGCUUCGUGCUCCACGCCCGACGGCGGCUCUUGAUCUCCAGCACUUGCAUGCAUUGCUCUUCCUGGGCGGUCCGCUCAACGUGAAUAUCCUCCAUAGCCUUGAUCAGGUGGCGGAUGCGCUUCGAAAACCCAAAGAGCCGGUUGUAUGCGUCGAGCUGCUCCAGAGACAAGCAAGGAGGCGUUGGUGUCCGAGGGAACCCGUUCGGAAGUGACAAGCGAGUUGACCCUCCAUCUAACGGUGUCUGGAUGGAAGACGAAUCAUCCGUGGAAGUGGACGCAUUGUCCGCGAUUGAGCCUCCGUCAACAUCGGUAUCAUUUUCUACCGCCGUAUCUUCCGAAGACGGGAACGGGAUCGACUGUGCGAUACGGGGGGUGCAAGCCGUUGGGGUGUCGAGCUCCGUUAGCGCCCUGACUAUCUCCGCCAAACCACCCGCCUCCUGGACGAGGUGGUCCAUGUGUGCCUGAGCGCGACGGAGCAUGCUAUGCGCGAUCCACAUCGCAUACCCACCGUAGGGAGAGCCGUGGCGACCACCGUACACGUAUCCACCACGAGAUCGAACUCGGAUCCGGAGCUCGGUGAUGACGAACCGGUUAUAGGCGUCCACGAGAGUAGACCUCGCGCGGCGACGAAGUGCACGCGAGCUCAGAGCCGAGUCAGGUGGAAGCGGCUCUUUUGUGUGCUCUGAAGGUGGCUUGGGCGAUGCAGGGGUUAGGGGUACUUGAGCCGACGACGAACGAGACGACCCGUUGGCAACAGCCACGAACGAAUGCACAAGAGUCAUGAGGAGUGAACGUUGCCUCUUAUGUUUCGGGCGCUUGGCGGUGACGGGCUCCGGGAUGGGAGCAGGUGACGGUGGAGGCGGAGGAGGCGGCACCUCCACCACCUUCCUUUCCUCCCUCUGUGCCUGAACGGCACUCUGCUCAACGUCAUUGACGACCUGUUCAAGGGCAUCGGCCAGACCACGGCCCAUCAGAGGCCAUUCCUCGACAGCUCCGUCCCUGAAGACGCAGGAAACUGUGGAAGUCGGAAUGUUGAAGGUAACCUCACGCAGGAGGGAGACAAGCCAGGCGGCGUUAUCAAGCGCAUACAAGCCGGCCUCGCCUGGAAGCUCGAGUUCGUCGGCGUUGAUCUGCUGGAGCUGAUGGACAAAGUUGGCUGGGAUGGGCAGUCCCUCAGGUGGGUGGAGGAACGCGAGGGUAAAGAGCACCGUGGGCAGGGGC